AGCAAUCAAACUACCUCUGCUGUGUAUGUAGUUAGAAACCAUUUCUUGCGUUACAAAAUACAAUUCAUCUUCCAUUGUUGUCCUGUUGCAGUUGCUCCUCUUAUAAAUUCAAUCAACAGUUCAUCAUCUCCAUUUUAUAAACAACUAAUCCAAACCCGACAACGCCAAAAAAACCCUCCACAAAACCCUUUCCAUCGUCAUAAAUGGGGGAAACCAAGAUUAAAAGAGGACGAAAAACCAAAACCCCUAAAUCUACCGAAACCCUAGAUCUCCCUUCCACCACUUCAAUGGACGAUGUUUUCUCUGUUUCCAAUGUUGAAAUCGUCAACCCCACCGUGACCUCCACUUCCACGUCUCCUUCUGACAGCCGCGAUGGUCGCCGACGUGGUCGCUCCCGAAAACGCGCCAGGCGUUCCCUUGAGAAGCCCGAGAAACCCCCACCGUUGAUACCACCACAACCUCCAGCAGCCGUCGUUUCGUCGCCUCGCCGCAUUUCACGUGGCUCCCUUGAGAACGGGGAUUUAUUGGCCUCCGUGAUCCCCGCGGAUACCACUGUGUUAGCUGGGCGAGCUGCGAGGGCGUUGCCCGCAAUGGACGCCGUUGUGAAGGUGUUUUGCGUGCACACUGAGCCGAACUUCUCGCUGCCGUGGCAGAGGAAGCGGCAGUACAGCUCGAGCAGUAGUGGUUUUGUAAUCGGAGGAAGGCGAGUACUCACAAAUGCGCACUCUGUAGAGCAUUACACGCAGGUUAAGCUCAAGAAGCGUGGCUCCGAUACCAAGUAUUUGGCCACUGUGCUUGCUAUUGGGACGGAAUGCGAUAUUGCCUUGCUGACAGUUGAUGAUGAUGAAUUCUGGGAAGGGGUGUCACCUGUUGAGUUUGGGGACUUGCCAGCACUUCAGGAUGCUGUGACUGUUGUAGGCUAUCCAAUAGGAGGUGACACAAUUUCUGUAACAAGUGGUGUUGUUUCCCGAAUAGAGAUCCUAUCCUAUGUUCAUGGGUCUACAGAGCUAUUGGGUUUGCAGAUAGAUGCUGCUAUAAACUCUGGAAAUUCCCGGUGGCCCUGCCCUUUAAUGAUAAAGGGAAACUGUGUAGGUAUUGCAUUUCAGUCCCUUUAACAUGAAGAUGUGGAGAUAUAGGGUAUGUGAUACCAACUCCAGUCAUCAUGCACUUCAU